AUGCCUGUCAAACUUGAUGCAUUGCGUUAUAACUACAGUUAUCAACCUGAUUGGAGCAGUACGUGGAGAGAGGAGCCAUGCAACUGUGCUCCAGCUGGAUAUGGAGGAUUAAUACCGUACUUUGAUCCUGCCUAUUAUCCACAGGAGUUCGUCCAACUGAACGAACAGAAUCGAUUAAGAUGUGUGGCUAGUGUUUACGCAAAUCCAUCCAUGUACAGCCUUAACAACGCUACUUCACCUUGUCUCAAUCACUAA